AUGCCAACCUCAUUCGGCGAAAGUAUCCUUUCCGUCUUCGAUGUCUGGGAUGAUUCGUUGACGCUUCUCUCGGAGAUUUUGGAAUCUGGGAAUGCGCCAACCGAUGAACUGCGCUCCCUCUUGGACCAGAGCCUGGUUGGUGGCGCGGAAGACUGGCAUUAUCUGAUCGAAUGUGCACAGUCAAUUCGAUGCGCUCAAGGUCGGUAUCCCGAAAGCCUCGACGGCGGCGAUAUACUCAGCUUCGUCUGGGAGAUCUCCAAGGGAGGCGAGGUUGAUGUUGAAUCACCGAUUCCUGGGCCCUGGGGAGAAACAGAUCGAUUAAUCGCACUCGCCAAGGACUUGGAGAGAGACGUCGAUAUCUCUCCAGUUGCUCCACGACCAAGCCAAGAAUCCUUACGACGACAACGUGUCAAGAAACAACGCCCGGGAGCAACGUCCCAUUACUGGUCCGACGAACCUUUUGACCAGAAUUGCGACAGAAGACACGAGCAGCACAGCGUUCUCAACUCCCGCAUCGCCAGAACCCACCAUUGUCGAGACAGUCAAUUAGUGUUGCAACAACAAGCUGCCCACCCAGAACUCGGGGCUGCCUUAAGUGCUGCCACAUCUGGUUCGGACACGCAAUUCUCGAAUAACAUGUCCUCGCUUGAUUACGAGAAGCCACAUAGCAAACGCUCAGCAACGUCGCCGUACUUUAUUCAGAACCCGUCACCGAAGAAGGAGUCUCCCAAGAAGAAGCGCCCACCGGCAGGGACAAUAUCCUGUAUUCCAUUUCCAAGUCUCGAGUCGUCAUCAUUUGGGAUCAUCCAAGAGGAGCUGGCUCACGAUCCAUUUUGGCUGCUCGUUGCGGUCACGUUCCUCAUCAAGACGAAUGGACAGUUGGCUCUGCCUGCGUUUUGUCGAGUGAGGGAGCGGUUUCCCACGCCGUCUCAUCUCUUGGAUCCGUCCGUCAGGGAGGAACUUCUGGGCAUGAUCCGGCAUUUGGGACUAUCCAAUGUACGGCUUGCAUAUAUACUGAGGUACGCGACAGCCUUUAUGCAACAGCCGCCGACACCUGGUGUGUGCUACCGAGUGAAGAAUUACGACAAGCGAGCCGUGAGCCCUCCGCCAUACCGAUACAGCAACGGCGAUGACGCGCAGGAGGACAUGGAGCCGCCGUGUUCACCCUCUGAUGGCGGCGAUGAAGACCUCGAGGCGUGGGAGAUUGGCCAUAUGACUCAGGGCAAGUAUGCUAUUGACAGCUGGCGCAUAUUCUGUCGCGACGAGCUGCUAGGGCGGGCCGAGGAUUGGAACGGGAAGGGCCGUGAGCCUGAAUUUCAGCCCGAGUGGAUGAGGGUGAGACCGGCGGACAAGGAGCUGCGAGCCUGCCUGCGCUGGAUGUGGAUGCGCGAAGGCUGGGAAUGGGACCCAGCGACGGGCGAGCGUACGGUUUUGAGGGAGGAGAUGCGAAGGGCCGUCAACGAAGGGAGGGUCGAGUAUGACGAUGUUGGGGCGCUGAGGAUCGUGGCCGCGUGA